AAAGAUUUUACACAGAAAUUACCUGUCGAAUUAUGUACAUAUAUCGUAUCCUUACUUGAUUUUGACACAUUACUCGCUAUUCCUAAAGUGAGCAGAACAUGGGCCAGGCUUUUCUAUAUUGACGAAGUAUGGAAAUACAAAACAAUGGAGAAACAAUGGAGGCUGAAGAUUCCUCAAGAUAUUCUAUACUUGACUGAAGAAGAACAGACGUGGUAUUAUUGGUAUAAGCAACGACAUCAAUUAGAGACACGGUGGAGGUUAGGAAAAGUGGCUUCUCACUACCUACUAGGACACCUGGAUAGCGUCUAUUGUCUACAAUUUGACGACUAUAAAAUCAUUACAGGGAGUCGAGACCGAACCAUUAAGAUCUGGGACAUACAACAGUACCAGUGUAUUCAUACUUUGGAAGGCCAUCAAGGAAGUGUUCUUUGUCUACAAUAUGACGAUGAAAUCAUUGUAUCUGGAUCUUCAGACCAUACAGUCAUUGUAUGGGAUAUGCGAACAAAACGUGUCCGAGGCCGACUUCAUGGCCAUACUGCUGGUGUGUCAGAUGUAUCCUUUGAUAGCAGAUAUAUCAUCAGCUCUUCCAAAGAUGGUACCAUCCGAAUUUGGAGCAGGAAAACGUUUCAACCUAUACGGAUGAUUAUGGGACACGAAGGACCCGUGAAUGCUAUACAAUUAAAAGAGGACUUUCUUGUUUCCGCAUCUAGCGACGCAUUAAUCAAAUUAUGGCAAAUCUCAACAGGCAAUCUGAUUCGAGAAUUUGCUGGCCAUAAGCAUGGCUUAGCUUGUGUUCAGUUUGAUGGUAAAAGAAUUGUCAGUGGUUCAAACGACCAUACUAUCCGAGUGUGGGAUGCAGAGACAGGAUUAUGCAUUGGUAUAUUAGAAGGUCAUACGGGUCUC